AUGGAGAGAGGAUUAUUAGAAGACCUGUGCCGAGGGGCACGAAUCCCAGUAACCAAAGCUGUGCUGGUGGUGGGGUUCCCAGAAGAGAUGGAACCAAAUGAAAUUGAGGAGAGCCUAGAUGCAGCUGAAACACUGGGGAGGGUAAAGGUCCACACCCGUAUUUACAACCGUAAAGUGAAGGGCAUGAUAGCACUAUGUACUCACUCCAAGGAAGCAGAUCUUGAUAAAGUGCCCAAAGAGGUGAAAGUAGAAGGUAUCCCCUGGACAAUCCUCAGGGCAGAGCAGUCCCCUCCUAGUGAGCUUGUGUCACUUGAGGUGGAUUCUUUAGUGCAGAAAUUGCAAGCUCUGAUGGUGGAUGAGAAGCGGACAAGAGAAGAAUUAAGAAUUAGGAGGGGGUCCAACACCUGCAGCACCCAGCCUGGUGGCAUGGGCCAAAGAGCUGAGAAACGCUCUCAAAGAUGCAUUGAAGCCGGAGAGGAUGAUUAUGAGACCUGGAGGGAUUUUACUGUGCCACUUGUCCAAGAGUGGGAAUGCCCUGAUGCUGAGAAGUGGAAACAUGUGCUUGAGAGUCUGAGGGGACCUGCCAUGCGAAUUAUCCGAGCCCUGAAAGACUCACAACCAGCUGCCACAGUGCAAGAUUAUUUAACCGCUCUUGAGAGUGUGUGUGGUACUACUGAUAGCAGUGAAGACCUGUAUUAUUGUUUCCGCCUUACCUAUCAGGACCCCCACGAACAAUUGUCGGAUUUCAUCAGGAGACUAGAGGAUUUGCUACAGCAGGUAGUGCGGAAGGAGGGCAUCCCCACCAAGUGCAUAGAUUCUGCUAGGUUGGACCAAAUCCUUCAGGGCACCCUACAAGAUGGGUUAAUGUUGUGGCGACUGCAGCUGAGGGAGCGGGCCCAAAACCCACCCCCAUUCCACAAGCUCAUUCGAGAGAUACGUGAAGAGGAGGAGCGAUUGUUGCAAGUGGAUGCAGUGGGCGUAGAAGAAGCAAGAGCUGCGAUCCAUCUCCCGCAGAAGAUGGAUGCGGGAUCGUACAAAGGCACCUCGGGCCUGAAGAUUGUCAAGGGCCUGGAGCUACUCCUGCUUCUCCCAGUACGCUCCACAGAGGGGUGGAUCUCCGGGGCUGGCGGCCAGACGCCUCUUCAGCUCCAAUAA